AUGUGGUGGGAUAGGGAGUUUAGCAGGCGCUUAUUGCAAGUUGGUGUCAUCCAGAGGUUGAAUGAACGGUAUGUAGAUGAUAUUAACAUUGCGGCAGAGGCAACAACACCGGUGUUAAAAUAUAAAAAUGGACAGAACUAUGUGGACCAAAGUAUGAUAAGGGAAGAGGAAAGGGUCAAAGAUGAUGAAAGGACAAUGAAGAUAAUCAAGAAGGUGGGCGAUGAUAUUCAUCAUUCUGUAGAAUUAAAAAUAGACAGUGGCGUAGCCAGCCCGACAAUUUGGUCAUGCUAUGCAAAUAUAUUUCUGUGUUCAUAAACCGUGAAAACAAUCAAUUUCUAAAGAAAUGAAUAAUGAUAAUGGUUUGAAAUUUGCAUAGCAUGACCAAAUUGUCGGGCUGGCUACGCUACUGGAAAUAGACUAUCCAUCAAAACACUUUGACCAGAAAUUACCGAUUCUGGACAUGAAAGUAUGGAUAGAAGAUCAGGAAAAAGAAGUCGAAGGGGUAACAAGAACUACGUCGGUUAUAAUGUAUGAGUUUUAUGCAAAGGAGGUGGCAUCGAAAGCAUUAGUGAAUGCGAGGUCAGCACUACCGUGA